GUAACUGACACGGGAUCAGUUUAAUCAUUCGGCUCACAAUGACUAAUGCGGCGGCUGGGGGAGGGAGAGCAGGUCUUAAAACAGUUGUUAAACGCAUAAAGUGACCGGGGCGGGUAGUCUUUUGUCCAGAUCGCUGGCGAGGCACCGGGCGGUGUUGGAUGUCAGCCGAAGUGGCUGGGCGCAGGGCUUACGGGAGGCAUACAAGCAGCGGUCCCGGUGCGCAGGCUGAGCCGCAACAGGUCCCGCAGGCAAAAGUGCGCUCGUCCUGGAUGAAACGCCGGCCGCACCACCCGGAGCGUUUCAUUGAUUUUACGAGCCUUGAUUUAUAUUAGGGGGCAUGCAUUUGAGCUGUGAAGACCCGCAGACAUACAUGCGCUGCCCGUACGCCCUGCGCUGCUCUCUCCCUGCCCUCUCGCUGCGGAUCGCCGGGCGAGCGCGGAGCUGGACGCGGAGAAGGAGCGUUUAAUGCCAGGACUAACAUAGGGUCUUCAGAGGAGGAUUCUCCGGGAAGGACUUUGCACAGCCUGCGCACUCAGACGCCGACAAGACGAAGUUUACGAAGAGUUUGGUUAGUUAAGUAGCAAACCAACCAGCUGUACGGACUGGAGACGGAGUCGGCGAGCGGAGCGCACUGAGUACAUAUGGGACCCCACCGUGACGCCUUAAAAACAGGACAGUAACACAGCGGUCUUUUUAGUUUUAUUAGUAUUUUUUAUUAUUUUUCCAUCUUUCACUUUUGUAAUCAUGGCAAGAACAGGGUUUUUAGUAGUUUGCACACUGGCGGUGUUUUUCAUCUCCGCACAAGCCGAGCCGGAGUCGGUGAGCUGCGACGCGGUGGAGGCGGCGAUCGGAUCCGGGGGCUUCAACCUCAGCGACAGCGGCCCAGGUCAGGCUGCGCUCGGUGCCCACCUGAAGGUGUGUCCCCGGGAUGCCCCCUGCUGCACCGCGCAGAUGGAGCAGAAGCUCAGUCAGCAGGGCCUGGUGGACCUGAGGGCCGCGGUGGGGCAGCUGAGCGUCAGCCUCCAGAACACCUUCAGUCAGCGGCACCAGCACUUUGACCAGUUUUUCCGGGAGCUUCUGAGCAACGCGGAGACCUCCCUGAACAGCAUGUUCAUUCGCACGUACGGCCAGAUGUACGUGAAGAACGCGGAGCUCUUCAAGGGGCUCUUUAGGGAUCUGGGCCGCUACUACGCGGCGGGGAGCACCGCCGUCGACCUGGACGCCAUGCUGGCGGACUUCUGGGCGGAGCUUCUGGAGCGGAUGCUCCGGCUGGUCAACGUGCAGUACGAGUUCAGCGACGCCUACAUGGAGUGCGUGAGCCAGCACACAGAGGAGCUCCGCCCCUUCGGAGACAUGCCGCGCAAGCUCCGCCUCCAGCUGACACGCGCCUUCGUAGCUGCCCGCACCUUCACGCGCGGCCUGGAGCUGAUGCCGCAGGUGGUGGCCAAAGUCUCCACGGUGAGCCCCACCCCGGGCUGCAUUCGGGCCUCCAUGAAGAUGCUGUACUGCCCCUCCUGCUCAGGGCAGCCAACCCUGCGGCCCUGUGAGAGCUACUGCCUCAACGUUUUGCGUGGCUGCCUGGCGCACCAAGCCGACCUCGACUCUGAGUGGAACCUCUUCCUAGAUGCUAUGAUGAGCCUUGCCGAGAGGCUGGAGGGGCCGUUCAACUUCGAGUCUGUGAUGGACCCCAUCGACGUGAAGAUCUCGGAAGCCAUCAUGAACAUGCAGGAGAACAGCCUGCAGGUCUCGCAGAAGGUAUUCCAGGGGUGUGGCCAGCCCAAGCUGGCCAGAGACUUGCGCUCCCGACGUUCCAUCAAGGAGGGCGGCUUUACCGGCAGAUUCCGGCCCUACAGCCCGGACACCCGGCCCACCACUGCAGCCGGCACCAGCCUCGACAGACUGGUGACGGAUGUGAAGAAGAAGCUGAGGACUGCAAAAAAGUUCUGGUCCACUCUGCCCGAGACCGUGUGCUCAGGGGACUGGGUCGGCAAGGCUGAAGAGUGCUGGAACGGUACCGCCAAGAGCAGGUAUGAGUCGGUUGUGGCAGGAAUUGGCUUGGCCAAUCAGGUAUCGAACCCAGAUGUGGAAGUGGACAUCACAAAGCCAGACAUAGGGAUUCGGCGUCAGAUCGCUGUGCUGAAGGAAAUGACCAGUCGUCUGAAGGCAGCGCACAGCGGCAACGACAUCGCCGUCGACGUCGGUGAGGGAGCAGGCGAGGACGGCAGCGGCGAGAGCGGCAGCGGGUGUGACCCACUGUCCUGCAAAGAGGACCGGGACAUUUUCUUCUCCACGCCACACCUCGAAAAGACCCGAGAGUCCGGAAGCCCCCGUAGGAAUGAGGAGAAGGAUGUGCGGCAAUCGAGCGGGGCGCGCCCCAUGGGCCCAGGUGGAGCUGUUCUGGUUCUGCUGGGUUGUGUGUCAGCUCUGCUGGCAGCCCAUAGGAGAUAAGGCCCGGAGGAGGAGGAGCGAGCGAGAGAGCGAGGAGACGUCAGACUGCCUGCAGAGCAUAGGGAGCCGGCUGCUCCUGCGUGUCACGGCCUCCCCCCUCCCCUCCUCACCUCCCUGGAAGGACGCUAGUGCACAGCAAGGCCAUUUUUAAACUCCCCUCACUCCCCUCCAUUGACUCGUCUCAUUUCCCUUCACCACCUGUGCUUGAUGUCAGACACCUUGUUUUUAAUGCGUGGCUCUGAGUGCCUGUGAGGGGGGGUACACAGCGAAAUCCCAUAACCAUCACACCCAGUGACAGGGGCUGUGGGUGUGUGCGAGAGCACGGGCCGCCUGACUCCCUGGGCACAGUAAUAGGCUUUACUUUCACAUGUUUAUACACGUAGAUUUAUAGCCAGAGAGGAUUUUUCAGAUUUUUUUUUUUUUUGCAGGAAAUGCCUGAGUUCUGGUUUUAGCUGACAGUGUCUGUCAGAGUUGGAAGGAUAGGGAGUGUGUCAGGCGGGUGGGUGUGUCUGAUCCCGGAACAGCCACACUGGCGUAGAGUCCUGUGGCGUGGGUGGGGGGGGUUUGUUAUGGAAGGUCCAUGGAGUGGUCUUUCUCUGAGAAAUGAUAUCCCUCACCUACAGUAAGGAGCAGCUUGUCCAAUAUCAAGCUUUGCACAAAGGAAAAGCAAUAUAGCCUCAAUCAUGGUGACCAGGAACAAUUAAAAGCCACACAGUCAGGUUUUUAUAAGUUGUUUUUAUUCUAUAUAAUUAUGGUACUGUUUUUAAAAAAUAUAUAUUUCCUCCAUCUGCAGAAGCGUAUGUUGCUGAGGUUGCUGUACGGAUGUGCUUUCCUAAGGUUCAUCUUUUUCUGUGUACCUUAAGAGCAAGUCCAUGCAGAUCAGCUGUUUGGGUGAAUCUAUACAAGCGAGUGGUCAGGAAUGUCCCCAAGGGUCUGUAAGGUUUGCGUCCCCUCCUCGUACAGGAGCCGUGUCCACGCUGUGGCCCUACGUGUGCUUUUUGUAGCCGUAUUUCCUGCUGUACCCCGCCAGACUAUGCACUGCAGCUUCAGGAUAUCGUAUCUUUACUCCUACCCUUGAAGCAGCGGUUUCAGGUGCCUGUUGAUGAGUGACGUGACCUACAUAUCCGGAUUUGCACGGAACCUUAGUUUUAGAUGACCCAUAAAUUUCGUCAGUGCCAGAACGCGUACUGUCAACGCAGUAAUUUUAUUUUUUUUUUCCCUUCACCGAAUUGCCUUAAAAUAUACAGUUUGAGUUGUGACCCUUUCACCUAACGUGUGAUUUAGAGCCUAAGUGCUGGUUGUGGAGACGGAAUCACACGUCGAACAGGCGGUGAAACAUGGUCCGAUUAUCCGUCACGCCCUGGAUCGGGUCCCUGUGCGCCUUGGAUCAGGGCCACGGUGCCCUGCUCCCUGCGGAAUGCGACAUUUUUUGGAAUAUGCGUAAAUGUGUGGCUGUUUUAACCCUCAAGCGCCGUAGGAGUCUCAGCGUUCAGCCAGAAAUAGCAUGUGGAAAGUAGCACAGUCUCUCUCAGGGGCCCUCGUACAUGCCCUAUCUCUCGAAGCCUUUUAAAACAUGCGUUUGUCAUAUUCUGUAGGCUUUCAAAGAAAAUGUACCUUAAAAUUAGAGGAAAUUAGUUACCAAACCAUCUAGAUACUAUGAAACAAUUAUUUACGUUUUACACAAUGUUAUCAAGUGUUUAGCCAACUGUGAGGUACAAUUGAUUAAAUGACUUUAUUAAUAUAUAUGUUUAGGGGUUGGACUAGGGGGGAUUAAAUCCCUUUCAAAAAGCAGUUGACUGUGGUGGGGGUUGGCACCAUUAAUCAUGCACUCCAGUCUACCCCAGGAUAAAUCCAUGUUAAUUCUGAAAUGCAGAUGGCGCCCCCUGUAGCUCACAAAAAGAAUCUCAUAUGACAGGCUGAAAGCGGUGGAGGUCAGGGGAGAAAUGACAACAUUUGAAGCAAAUAAGAUGUAUGGAUAAUGUUAAUGGUGUACAAAACAGGAAUCUAGCUGGUUGCUUCUUACAGUAGCUCGAUGUGUACUACAUUUUGUCCUGUUUAAGGUUACUUAAAUAUGUUAACGGCGUCUUCAAUCUCAUUGCUGCUGUUCCUUUUCAUUAAUGUAACUGCAUUGCAACGUGGCCGGGGAGCCAGACCUUGUAAUCAGUAAAAUCACAUUAUACAGAUGGAAAUCCAUUUUGGGGGAAGAGGCAGUUUGUCUUCCUUUGCAGGUCAUAUGCAAAUGCGGAGUCCUCUAUGGAUCCUCUCAGAUAGCUGGGACUGCCAAAAGCUAAAAUGGGUGUUAAAUUAAACCUGUUAAUUACGGCAGGCGUGGACGGUUAUACUUACCCAAGCGCUUUUCAUACGCAAAGCUGACUUUUGAGUGACUGAACAAACCUCUUUUUAAAACUAUUCCAGUAAUUUUAUUAACGAAACGUCCUCCUUAAAGAAGAGAUCAUGAAAACAUCAAAUCCCUCCGCAGGGGAACAACUGAGCACAUAUACGUUAAUGAAACCGUGCACGAUCUUCCUAAAAUAAAGACAUAAUACAUUUCAAGUCGUGGACUGGUUCUAUACUUGCAUUUCAAAGUACGGUCUUGGAUUUAGGUAUGACGUUAAUUUAUUGCUGCGAGUAUUCGUACUGAAAAGUAAUUAUGAAUCAAUUUAAACUAAGACGUAUUAAAUUUUGACAAUGUAGUUACUCAUGAUCUAUAGGAGCACGCCGCCCGAUCUGGCUAAGUUCUGUCCGGCUGUCGUAAUAUGUGACAGUAAUUCGGCGGUAUUUUGCAACAAACUUUAAAAUCGUGAGAUUAGCGAUCAUAUAUAUGAAUAAAAAAUUAUAUUCCUCAACGAAUGACAAAAUGCCGAAACCCGGGAUCGAACCAGGGACCUUUAGAUCUUCAGUCUAACGCUCUCCCAACUGAGCUAUUUCGGCGGCUUGGGAAAAAAUUUCACCCCCCGGAAGCAGAUUAUAUACAUCACGGAAACGCCUAUAAAAUGUUACAUAAUAUUAAUUUACGAAAUACAUAUAUAUAUGACGUCAACUUUAAAACGUAAUUAAGUAUGCUGAUAUUUUAUACCGCUAUAACUCCUGUAAAUAAUAGUUAAAUCCAACGAGGGUGCCCUGAGCUUGCUUAACGUUUAAGGUUAGAUUUAGAUCUGGUUAAUGUGGGGGUUAAGGUUAAACCUGGUUAAUUAAUGUGUAAGGUUAAGGUUAGACCUGCUUAAUGUGGAGGAUUAGGGGUAACUAAAAUAACUUCUUUGUUCCAAUUUACUCCUAAAAAUUAAAAAUAUAUAACUGCACAAUUACCCAUAUAACCGAAAGGUUCAAUUUCACAAGACCACUUUUAAUACAAGAAUUGCAAAACAUGCUAAAUAAAUUCAAAGGAAUAAAGUAAAAAUUAAGAGUGUGACGAGAGCUAUCGCAGUAAAAAGCACAUUUCUUCCUUUUCAAACAGGCCUACUCUAGAGGAAAAGUACACAGAAAAGCACCAGUUCAGCUCAACUACAUUUGCAGGGUAAAUGCCGGCUGUUAUUUCCCACCUCUGGAAUUCAGAUCAGUGGGUCACAGAGGUUCAUAACAGAGUUUAUCCCUGCAGCAGAACGGGGAAGCGAGCAGCAAUAACACGCCGUCACAGACACGUGUCCCCCGCCUCACGCGCAUCCCGUUUGCUGUGUGGUUCUCUGUCGGUCGGUAGGUCUUUUAGGAAAAUACUAAGAGCGGGUUCAGUUCCCAGCAAACACUGUGAUUUUUCCCUAAUAGACAGUACUUUGUUCAAGGAACAUAUUCAGCUGCAUAACUGGUUAAAGUGCUCUCCCCACCGGAGCGGUAAUAGUUCUGUGCUCUUGGUUCAUUCAUUCUAAUGGUACAGGUUAGUAAAUACAUUAUGAACAACGAAUACAUGUGCAGCAACUAAGCACUUAACCAUAUGAAAGAUUUGUUUUUGGUCAAAUACAUGUUUUCUACUUUAUUGUCACUGCGUUAGAACCUGCUGGGCGUAUUUUUGAUUCAUGCUGUCGCAAGAGUAGGCUCGGCGUCACUUCAUGGCUCGGCGACACUGCCAUCUCCUGGUUAUCCUCUGAAACUGCAUGUGUUUAUUUCAGUCCGCUGCGCCGCCCAGCCAUGAUCAGUGACUGCUGAUCCGAAGGGGUCAAUGCUGAGAAGAAAGGAGCGCUCAGCUGGGUACAGCCUGGCCUGGCCACCUGCCCACUCCAGGACCUUCACGCGCUAAAGGUCAUUUAUACAUCCAUUCACUUGAUCACCCAUGGAUUUGAAAAGGAAACGUGGAAUCGCCGCGAAACAUUCACGAAGCUGCAUAAUUUACACCAGAAAGUCUGGAUUCCACAAACAGAGGGUGCUUGGAUGUCACAUGGGGCGUGAAUGCGAGCUGCAGGGAUCCCAUGUUCAGUGCCUUUCUGUUUACACUUGACUUGAUCUGUAUUUUGUAUUUUCACCUUCAUGUUUUUCCGUGCCGUAUUAAAUAUGCCUGAUACAUUUUAAAA